UAGUGACCACAUGAUCAGACCGAGGCUCUCGAAACUCAUUCGUGAGAGCGUCGGGCUCAGUUCACGUGUUCCAAGGGAUGGAGUGUAACAAUCCGACGGGAUCAACAUUGUUUAUGUGGAAGUAAAUGGCUCUUUGGAGAAAUAUACUUGGAAACACGAAACUGUUAAAAACUAUUGAAGUGUAGACUAUUUUUACGUUCUUGAGCGAAGCGUUUUGCCGCUCUCGGUUUGCGCGCUCUCAGUUGGCGUUGUGUUAUCAUCGGUUGACAAAGUCAGGAGUGGUUUUGCAAGACUUAGGUUCUGCUAUUUCUUUGUAACUAUUUUUUGGACAUAACCUGACUGGAAGCUAUAGACUUCUCCAUGCCCUGGUCGGGUUCCUUUGCUCAGCAUAGGGACUCGCGGCUGGCUAUAGGCAAUCAUUAUGGCGGAGUCCUGUGUUUCAGAGGAUCACACAGACACUGAGCUUUGUGCUCUUUCUCAUGUUGUUGAUGGUGCUGCUGAGGAAGCUUUUGGUUUUGGGGAUGAUCUUGAGCUGAAUCAGUUUGAUGGUCUGCCAUAUUCUUCCCGUUAUUACAAACUUUUGAAAGAGAGAAAGUCCCUGUCUGUUUGGAAAGUACGAUGCGAAUUCCUGGACCUGUUGAUGAAUAACCAAAUUGUAAUAGUUUCAGGCACAACAAAAACUGGAAAAAGUUCGCAGAUCCCCCAGUGGUGUGCAGAGUUCUGUCUGUCUGCGCAGUUCCAGCAUGGCAUGGUGGUGUGCACGCAGAUCCACCGGCAGCAGGCUGUGGAGCUGGCCCUGCGCGUGGCCGACGAGAUGGACGUGAACAUUGGCCACGAGGUGGGCUACAGCAUCCCUCUGGAGACCUGCUGCUCCAGUGACACUGUGCUCAGGUACUGCACAGACAGCGUGCUGCUGCGGGACAUGAUGUCCGAUCCCCUGCUGGAGCACUACGGCGCCAUCAUUCUAGACCAGGCUCACGAGCGCACCGUCAGCACUGACCUCCUGCUGGGCCUGCUCAAGGAGGUUCUGGUCCAGAGGCCGGAGCUGCGAGUGGUGGUGCUGUCUGCUCCCCCAGCUGCAGAGCGCCUGCUGGGCCACUACGGAGCCGGCGUGCCCCUGCUGACGCUGGAGACCCUGAACACUGCUGAGGUGGUGCACAGCAGUGGGAGCCAUAAGGAUUACUUCUACCCAGCGCUCCGACUGGUACUGGAGAUCCACCGCACCAGGGAAGAGGGAGACAUCGCUGUGUUUCUAGCCUCCGCUCAGGAGGUGGAGUGUGCCUACGGGAUCCUGUGUAAGGAGGGGGCCAGGCUGAGUGGCGGACUGGGGCAGCUGAUCCCAGUGGCCCUUCACCCGGGCAGACUGGGGCUGGACCCGUGCAUGGCUGAGGAGCAGCCGAACAGCCGAAGAGUCUUCCUCUCCCACAGUCAGGCCGAGGACAUGUUCUGGGCUGUGGACUCGCUCAACUUUGUGAUCGACACUGGAAUGGAGAGGAAAUAUGUAUACAACCCUCGUGUCCGGGCAUACGCAGAGGUGAUAAGACCCAUCAGCAGAUGUCAGGCUGAUAUCCGCAAGCAGCUGACCAGGCCUGCAGGGAAGUGCUUCUGCCUGUACCCUGAGGAGACCAAGCUGCCUGCAGAGAGCGCUCCCCAGCUGCUGGAGUCCAGCAUUGUGCCCACCGUUCUGUUCCUCAAGAGGAUGGAGGUCGCCGGCCUAGGCCACUGUGACUUCAUCAACAGACCAGAUCCUGAAGGUCUAAUGCAGGCUCUAGAGGAGUUGGAUUACCUGGCUGCAUUGGACAAUGAUGGGAAUUUAUCAGAGAUUGGAAUCAUCAUGUCAGAGUUUCCUUUGGACCCCCAGAUGGCUAAGUCACUGCUGGCCUCCUGUGAGUUUGACUGCGUAAGCGAAGUGGUGACGAUCGCAGCCAUGUUAGCAGCACCAAGCUGCUUCUUGGAACCACCUGUCGGCAUGGCAACUGAGGCAAUGCAGUGCCACCUGAAAUUCCAGCAUCCAGAGGGCGACCAUUUCACACUCAUCAACAUCUACAACACCUUCAAGCAGAGCCAGAGAGAACCCUACUUCAGCCCUGAGAAGUGGUGCCAGGACUACUUCCUGUGUUACGAAGCAUUGAACACCGCUGGUGCCAUCCGAUCUGAACUGAUGGACAUCCUCAGAAGACUCGAGUUGCCUAUCUCUGAGCCAGCUUUUGGAACAAAAAUCAAUACCCUCAAUGUCAAGAGAGCCCUGCUGGCUGGAUUCUUUAUGCAGAUUGCCAGAGAUGUAGAUGGCUCAGGGACUUACUUCAUGCUCUCCAACAAGCACAUAGCUCAAGUCCAUCCAUUGUCCAGCUAUGGAGCCAAAGCACACAAACUGGGUCUGCCCGAGUGGGUGCUCUUCCAUGAGUACACCCUGUCUGAGAAUAACUGCAUCCGCACCGUGUCUCAAAUCUCCCCUGAAGCAUUCAUUCAGAUGGCACCCCAGUAUUUCUUCUACAAUCUGCCGUCAAGUGAGAGCAGAGACAUACUGCAGUGCAUCAUGGAUCAUGAAGGCCCUGGCAGCUGCAAGGACAACAACCAGACCUCACAGGCCAUCACCACACAAACAGACUGUCCAGAGCCACAGUCUUAUGACAGAUGUGUGAUCCAGUAG